AUGUCUACCAACCUGCUCUCAGAGCUCAAGCAGUUUCUCGGCGCUUUCCUUAGGCCAAACGAUGCCGCUGAGGGUGAGCCUGCCGCUCGCUUCGCGCAUAUUCAGAUGCCUCCAUACCGUCUCGGUAAAGAGGGUCUGAUGAAUUUGAUCAACAACGAGGUCAUACAUAGCAGCUUCGCUGAGAAAGCUGGUAUGAACCUCUUUGUUGUUCCUGAAUCAGAGAAGUCUGACCAGUUCGGUGCCGAACAUGAUGUCGUCAGCUCACAAACUCUGACCUUCUCGGCCCUGCUGGAUGCACUUCGAAUCACCAGACAGGCGUCUGGCAGUGACCUUGGAUGGGGUUACAACUUGAUGGGUGAUGCCGAGGCGGACUUUCGAGUUCGCAAUAUCCUGCCCCUGUCUGUUGUCUUGGUGCUUCAGCUGGACCCUGAAAUGUCUGCCGAUUGCGCUCUGUCGCUGAUUGGUAUUGUUCAGUGGGCACUAUUCGUGUCCACUGUGGUGCCAUUCUCAAAUAUUCGUGUCCUGACCGUGUCUGUUGACGAGGAUGCCAACUUUCUCUCCAAGCUUGUGCAUUUCUCGGCUCCUGACAUCGAGGUCGCGUCAAUGAAUCUGGCCGCCCACGGCGAGCAGAAUCCUGACCAUGGCUCUGUGGUAUUCAAGAGCCAUAGCAUUGAGCUCUGUGUCGAAAAGAUCCGGGAAAGCCUGGAGUCGAACAAAGACCGUCGCCUUCUAGUCCUGUCUUUCGAUGCCGACAUCACAAAGCCUUUGAUACAAAAGUUAGGCAGUGAUGACAAAGCCCGGUUCAAGAUUAUAACUGCUGGGACUGCACCUCCAGAUGUCAACGCAGUCCCGGCGGAGAAGAGUCUCAUUCUUCGGUUCCCGAAGCCGGUGUCAUUCCUUCCCCUUGAGUUCCAAGGUUUUGAUGAACUCCACGUCUUUUUGAGUUCAAAGACUCAUAUGGCGCAGGCUUGGGACAACAUCAGUUGUCAGGUGAUCGAAUAUUCUCGCCCACUGUCAAGGGAGGAUCGUCGCCUACAGUACUGGUGGGCCCGACAGCCAUCGAUGCAGCAUAAAUAUCUAUACUUCAAUGAGCCGGCACUUUCUCUAUUCCUUGAGGCUGGGGGUUCUCGAGCUCGUCUUGUUGAGACUUCCCAGCUUGGAGGAUUUAUUGCUGCGGUUAUGGAUAUCAUGUCAUGGGGCUUUCAUGUUGACAAAGUACUGAAUUUGUUCAUACGAAAGCCCCUCGAGGUCCAAGAGAUGAGGACACGACUACAGGUCCAAGGUCUCAUCAACCCCACUGGUCUUGCUCUCAUAGAUAGCGAGGCCUCUGUAUUCCGAAGACUUCUGUCGACCUUUAGGUACGACUAUCGUCUCUCCAUGUUCGUUGCGCUGGACUCGGAUGCUCAAGUCCGCCGGGUCAAGUUAGAACUGGCUACAAUGCAGAACCUUUGGGUGGCAAAUAUGAUUUCCAUCAAACCCGGUAUCACAACCACCAACAAGCUCUCUGCUGAGCUGUUCGAGGGUUGCCUAGGUCUAUCAAGCUCACUCGCGAGACGGGGAGUCUUGUGGUUGAAUCUAGGUCUCUUGAAGCAACACCUGUCUAACCCCGAUAAGUUCAAGGACUAUUUGGUGUUUAACCCGCGGGCCAAGGUUGUGGACAGACAGGUGGCUCAGAUGCUGAAGCUCCUCCCAGGACAGAGUGAAAGCAAUGAUCAGCGGUCUAUGUCAGAGGAAGUGGCUGUUCUAAGUGCCGAGCAAGAGCGUGUGCUUCAAAAGCAUCUCCUCCGAGCCUUUCUUUAUCAGCUUACUCUGACAUAUUACCCCAAAGUCAAUGGAACCAGAAAUGGCUCAAACGGAUUCUGCCACAAUCUGGUGUCCAGCAUGGCGAAAUGUGAUAUUGAGAUGCUCAAUACUCUCACAUUGAUCAACUUCAAAGCCCUCUAUAAAAAAGAGGGAAGUGAGGUUGCUUUUGGCAUUUGUCAUGGUCUUUUCAGGCCUGACGAAUCAAGACGUGUCUCAUGCAAGGAUUGGACCUUGAUUCCUGCUGAGACUGUUCACGAAUGGCUGUCGGAAGUGGCACCCGAGGGCAACAUAUUUGAAGUGUUGCACACUGGAAUUCAGCACUUCAAGACAAAUUAG